CGAUGGUGAAGUUUGUAAGUCGGCUGCUGGCAUACAUUAGGGAGAUAGAAACAGCCAAAGUGCGCUGGUGCUGGCGAACUUUCUUCCGUUCCAAAGGAGACCUGGUGGGAUUGCCGCUGCCCGCCGAGUCUGUCGCCCCGCUGCCGGGAUGAGUCCGGGGGCUAAGUUGGUCCUGUGCCUGAGCCUCGUCUUCCUGUGUGUUGCCAAGACAGCAAGUCUUCCUGUAAUUCAGCAUUCAGAAGACGCUCCUCCUGUGACCUCAGAACUGCAGGAUGAGAUGAAACAGUUCUAUGAACAUGGUGGACUCUCUUGUAAGAAGUGUUCUCCAGGCCAUCACGUCUCUGUACAUUGUACACGCAGUGGGAAGGUGGGGAUUUGCCAUCCUUGUCCAGAAAAUACAUUCAGCGAACAUAUGAACGACCGGGAGUCAUGUUUUGGCUGCGCAUCCUGCAGACCUUUAGAUCAAGUGGAACUAAAGUCCUGCACGAAAACCAGCAAUACUCAAUGUGCCUGCAAAAAUGGAACUUUCUGCCACCUUGACAGUCCAUGUGAAACAUGUUACAAAUGCACUGACAGAUGCCCGAAGGGAGAGCAGGUGGUGCAGCCGUGCACCUCUAGAAGUGACCUGAAGUGUGCCAAGCCCCCAACAAACCCCUCUACAACCGCAUCGACUCCCGUACCAGGUUUCAAGAGAAGUAACACAGUUCGGAUGGUUGCUAUCGGGGUGCCGCUGGUUGUGGUUCUGCUCGUUUUCUUUCUGUCUUGGAAGUGCAGAAGAACGUGCCGAGGCAAGUGCAUAUUACCAUCUCGCACAACGGACUACACCAAGGCCAGCUCCAGUGCAGGCAAUGGAAUAUUUCCAGGAAACAAAACGCAGGAACCUUUGCCAAGAAGGAGGAAACUCACCCCGGCCACAGAGGGGAGUCCGACAGAAAUUCUUCGUCGGUCUUUUCAGACAUUCGUUACCGAGGUGCCCGUUCCUAUGUGGGAGAGGUACGCGAGGGCCCUGGGCUUGACAGACAACGAGAUUGACAGCAUCAAGGUGAAUGAAAGAGACGUGAAUGAGCAGCAUUUCCAGAUGCUGCGGACCUGGCUGGACCAUAAUGGGAAGCAGGCAACACUGGACACACUGCUGGAGACCCUCUGUGACCCCAACAUCAAGCUCUGGGGUCCCAGGGGGGAAAUAGAAAAGCUGCUGAUCUCACGGGGUCUAUAUGCUGAAGAAGACUAAGUCGUAUGAGCAGGACUCUCUCCGUUCUCACCCUGCGUAUGAAACCUCUCCAGUAUUGGACUGUCUUGGUUUUCCCGGGAAGAGGGCACUGAUGCUUUUAAGUGCAUCAGUGUGUUGGCAGAAGCUUGGAACCUUCAGACUGCAGUGAUAAGCUAGCAUGAGACUUCUUCAAUACCUCCAGCCUACCCUCGGCGGAAAAACUUGUUUCUGGCCGAGUCCUUUUUUCAGGGACUGCAAGAAAUGGAGAAGGAGCUGGAAGAAGUUCAUACUGGUAGAGUUCCCAUGCCCCCCUGGAAUUUUGGGUUUUGCCUGGAUUUUAAGCAUCUCUCCCAGAUUGCUUAGCCCACCCAGAUUUCAUUUUUUUGGUAAAAGCUAAGCUCUAGCUCUCGUAGAAGCGGAGUUAUGGAGCAAAACGUGCUGUCAUGAUUCUGCUCAAAAAUUUUCAAGCCAAUUUACAUAAUAUGAAAAUUAGGCACCCGGAUUUAGAGAGCCAGAAUAUGGCAACCCUACAUACUGGCUAGUUUUAUAACUUCAGGGGUCCAGAUGCUUGAUGCCCGCUUUCUUAAUGUGAUGCAGCCUGCUUUGCAUGCAGUAUCUUGCAUCCAGAAGGUAUAUUUUUGCCUCCAAACCGAGCCUUUUUGCUGCAAAUGGGUACCAGUGUGGUAUAUUUAACUUGCUUUCCAAGGCAAAGAAGGCUUAGGAGAUCACAAUACCCCUCUGAUAACCUUGGUGUUUGCAGAUGGAUACAAACCAAAUUCACAGCAUGUGGGAGAGGGGUCCAAGGGGACCCUGCUGGGUGUCUUUGGUUGAUCUGCCCUUUUCCUAGGAUGGGCAACACCCCUUUGUAACCCAUAUGCUGGCAACUGGAUACAAAUCAAAUCCACAACAGAGGGGACUAAGUCCUAGGAAAGGGUCAUUAUGAUAGAAGAAGGGAAAGUGGGCUCCCAUCCUUCUCCUUCGAACUUCUUGCGUUUUAUGACGUUUUGUACAAUAACUUGCGGUGCCUGGAAGAACACCUGCCAUUUUUGCCAUAGGUAAAUAGUAGCUUUUUGAGGCUGCGGAAAGUCUCUUUAGCUUAAAGGCUGGUUUUGCACAAAAGCUUGCCCUCAGGGUUAAAAUGUUUACAAAUCCAGCUGCUAUGCAAAGGUGACAGUUGGGAUGUCAAAUGCCAUGCUUUUGGCAGGGCUGGGAACGCUCUGCAUUCUCUGUGCGGAAGUAGAAUUCCUGAUUUCCGGGUGCAAGAUUUCAACUCCUUGUAUAGAUUUGCGAAGUUCUCUAUUUUGCAUUAAAAAAAAGAAACACCUGGCUUUGCUGCUUGGGGGCAGAGGAGUUGUGCCAUUCUGAACUUUGCGCAACCCCCUCUUCUGGCUCUUCAGCAGCCCUCGAGAGUCUCUCUGCAACUCUAAGGAGUAGGACCUUGAUUUUUGUCCUUUAAAUGAAACUGGAACAUCUCAGGGAAUUGAAUUCUGCUCCCAGCACCUCAUUCAGUGCUUUUCUGCAUCCCUAAGCAUCUUGGCACACGCUUGGUCCUGCCAGAGACCAUUGUUGCACUUUGAAAGUGUCCUCCUUUUCCCUUUUGCGGGGAGGAAACCACAAAGAUCAAAAUUGAUUGGCCUGCCUCCUGUUUACUGCUGUUGUGAAGCAAUGUGAAGUCUGGAGGCGGCGGGGGUGGGGCGGGGCGGAGGGAGACGGACUCCUGUGUGGCAGUGGAGCCCUUGCCCUGAUUGCAGAAGGUCCCAGGUUCAAAGCCUGGCAUCUCCAGGUAGCAUCUCCUGUCAAGCUGCUGACAGUCUUAACAAACUGGAUGGUCCAACAAACUUUUACUUGGAACCAGUAAUCUGGCGGGCAUCUGGUGGCCCACUGUGUGAAACAGGAUGCUGGACUAGAUGGGCCUUCUUGGGCCUGAUCCGGCAGGGCUGUUCUUAUGUUAACCAGAGAGAUAAGAGGUUUAUUUAUAGAUUUGUGGUUCUUAAAAUACUAAAAUGAGUUUUUGAGCAGUGGGUGCAUCUCUCUCUUGGUCACUCUCUGUUGUCGUCCGCUGAUGUCUGUAAAUUUUGCAAGAUGAAUUUAGGUACAAGCAGAUGUUUUGUCGUUUUCGAUAGAUGGAAUGCAGAAAGUUCCUGGCAGCAUCUCCAGAUGGGCAUAGGCAGUAGGGAUGUGCACAGUUUGGACGAUGGGCAGUUUUGCCGGUUUGAAGGUGGGGGGGAAGCAUGGUGAAGCACUUACCCCUCCCUCCACUCUCCCCCCCCCCCCGCCGGUGCUCCGUGUUUCAAAA